GCAGCCGAGUCUUCAUUAAUGUGCACCGUGUCCUCUUACACGUCAGUGGGCCCGUCAGCUUACAAAAGUAAGCCGUGUCGGUAUGCGUCCGCUAUAGCAUGGCCGGAAAUGCGGGGAGUACCGGUCUCUCCGCUGAAAUCGUUUGUUCGCCGACCUUCCCUCACGUUCCUGGUAAUGACCGGGCCGAGAGCGGGUGUAUGCGGAGCCCGGUGCGGCCUGCCCCGGAGCCGCCGGAGACCUACUUCCACAGGCAGGAGAACGAGCUGCAGGUGCUGGAUGCUAUCUACGGGGGAGACUUCACAGACUUGCGGCAAAACUCGCCGUGGAAGGUCCAGCAGCCCCCUGAAAUUCUUCUCGCCUUAAGCCCGCAAGGCAAAGAAGUUCACGUCAAAGUGGAUCUUUGGGUAAAAUGUCCGCAAACCUACCCUGACGUUCCACCUGAAAUCAAACUGAAAAAUGUGAAAGGUUUGUCAAAUGAAAAUGUGAAUUCCCUGACGCUAAGUUUGGAAGAACUGGCCAAACAACUUUGUGGAGAGGUGAUGAUAUAUCAACUGGCAGAUCACGUACAGUGUUUCUUAACUGAAAAUAACCACCCGCCUCCCAAAUCUUUUCACGAAGAGAUGCUGAAGAACCUUCAAAUACAACAGGAAAAAAUUGCUCUUGAAGAAGAGAGAAGAAUGCAAGAGAUAAGGAGGAUGGAAGAGCAGACAAGGCGUGAGAUCCUUAAUGAAAUCCAGAGGCGGGAAGAGGAGAAAAAAGAAGAAAAAAGAAAGCAGGAAAUUGCGAAACAGGAAAGGCUGGAAAAUGCCAAUUUAGCAUGCCAGGAAAACACCAACAAGGUCAAUAAUACAGGAGUCAGAACACCUACAACCUCAAGUGGAACUUUGGCUGAUCAGGGAGGAAACUACAGAAAUCGGCCAAAUUCAGCAGGUCGAUCAAAACGUGAUCGGCAGUAUUCUGUUAGUAGCAACGAUGAUACAGUGUCCGCAUAUGAAGUCUUGACAUUUGAUAUCGGCUGCAAUGGUCAACUUGUUGUGCACCGAGGAAAGUGUCUGGACAAGGAUGAACAGCUGGGUAAAUCCAUGUACAAUGGCAUGGAAGUCGCAUCUGGACAAUUUGUCAUAAUUUAUGAAUGGAUCCUUCAGUGGCAGAAAAAGAUGGGCAAGUUUCUUACUAAUCAAGAGCGGGAGAAAGUUGACAAGUGCAAAAAGCAGAUUCAUGGUACAGAAACUGAAUUUAAUUCCCUCAUAAAAUUAAGCCAUCCUAACAUAGUGCAUUACUUAGCCAUGAGAAUUAAGGAGAAAGAAGAUUCCAUUUCUGUUGGAAUUGUAACAGAGCACAUUAAUGGAUCAAGACUUUCCAGUUUCCUCGAGCAGGAGACCCCAGUUCCUGUAGAUCGCCUUCGCCACUACACCUCUCAGCUCCUGUCUGUCCUGGACUACUUGCACAGUAAUUCUGUUGUACACAAAGUCCUAUGUGCUUCUAGCGUAUUGGUGACCAGCGAUGGGAGAGUAAAGUUAACAGACUACGGCCUCUCCAAGCGUCUCGCAGACAUCUGCAAGGAGGAUAUCUUUGAACAGACCAAAGUUCGUUUCAGCGAAGAUGCUCUGCCAAGCAAAACGGGGAAGAAAGGAGAUAUAUGGAAGCUUGGGCUCAUGUUACUAUCACUUAGCCAAGGAAAAGUUGCUAAGGAAUAUCCUGUAAGAAUACCCAGCGACUUACCAGCAGAUUUCCAAGACUUCCUGAAAAAAUGUGUCUGCUUGGAGGACAAAGAAAGAUGGAGUACCCAGCAGCUACUCGAACAUGUCUUCAUUAACCCUCCACCCCAGAAGCCACUUGUAAGUGAGGACAGUCCAGAAGAUUUCACAGGAGUGGACUGCACGGAGACCGUCAUUCCCACCAUUCCGAUAUCGAAUUCCACAUUCCACGUAGAAGCUCAGAGGCAUUUUUCUAGAUACUUUAAUGAGUUUGAGGAACUUCAGAUGCUCGGGAGGGGUGCCUUUGGGGCGGUUCUCAAGGUUCAGAACAAGCUAGAUGGGUGCUAUUAUGCAGUCAAACGGGUUCAAAUUAAUCCGGCUAGCAAACAGUUCAGAAGAAUUAAGGGAGAAGUGACACUGCUGUCUCGGCUGAACCAUGAAAACAUAGUGCGAUACUACAACGCAUGGAUUGAGAAACAUGAGCAUCCCUCUGCUUCUCAAAAAGCCCAGUCAAGUGGAGAAACUAAAACGCCAACAAAGACCGAGCAGCUUGUGAAGAAUGAAUUGGGGUUAUUAGAUGAUCUGGAGGCCAACGCGCCUCCCCCCAUUAUGACAAGCUCCGUGGAGUGGAGCACAUCUUGUGAGCGAUCGUCCAGCGGACACUGCAAGAGCUCUGACCAGGACUCGAGUGAUGACGACGAUGAUGAAGAGGGGGUGUUUUCACCAUCAUUCCUGCCAGCGACAGAUUCCGACAGUGAGAUUAUCUUUGAAGACGGAAAUAGCCCUGAUCAGAAUGAGGAAUGUGUCAAGAGCAGCACGGAGGAGCAGGAGGACUUAUCGGUUGAGAUGACGCAGACCGUGCAUUACCUUUAUAUCCAGAUGGAGUAUUGUGAGAAGAGUACAUUACGGGACACAAUAGACCAAGGACUGUAUCUGGACAUGAGUAGACUUUGGAGACUGUUUCGGGAGAUUUUGGAUGGACUAGCUUAUAUUCAUGAGCAGGGAAUGAUCCACAGAGAUUUAAAGCCUGUCAAUAUCUUCUUAGAUUCCGAAGAUCAUGUGAAAAUUGGGGAUUUUGGCCUGGCCACAGACCACCCAGCCAGUGCAGGAGAAGAGGAUCAAGUCCGAAGCGACCUGGCUAAAACGGAUCCCGAGGGCAAACUCACUGGAAUGGUCGGCACCGCCUUGUACGUUAGUCCAGAAGUUCAAGGGAACACCAAAGCGUCGUACAACCAGAAAGUGGAUCUCUUCAGCCUGGGUAUCAUAUUGUUCGAGAUGUCCUACAGGCCGAUGGACACAAGCUCCGAAAGGAUUUCCGUCUUGAGCAAGCUACGGCAGCCCUCGAUUGCCUUCCCGGACGAUUUUGACCCAUUGGAAUAUGAGAAGCAGAGGAAGGUAAUUACCUGGCUUCUGAACCACGACCCUGCAUCUCGCCCCACCGCCAUGGAGCUGUUGAGAUGCGACCUCUUACCCCCACCACAGCUGGAAGAAUCCGAGCUCCACGAGGUUUUACAUCACACUUUGGCCAAUAUAGACGGAAAAGCUUAUCGCACCAUGAUGAGCCAGAUUCUCGCCCAACGCAUUUCUCCGGCCAUGGACUAUACGUACGAUAGCGAUAUAUACAAGGGUAGCUUCUCGGCCCGUUCGGCUAGGAUCCACCACCACGUUUGUGAGACCGUCUGCAAAGUGUUUAAAAGACAUGGAGCUCUGAAGCUGCACACGCCGUUGCUCAUGCCGAGGAGCAGAGGCACGUACGACAGCAGCGAGUCCGCGUGCUUUAUGGAUCACAGCGGCAUGCUGGUGACGCUUCCAUACAACCUCCGGAUUCCAUUUGCACGAUUUGUCGCCAGAAAUAAUGUUACAAACCUCAAAAGAUACUGUAUCGAGCGUGUGUUUAGGCCACGCAAGUUGAACCGAUGCCACCCGAAGGAGCUCAUAGAGUGUGCUUUUGACAUCAUCACCUCUUUGAACAGCUACUUGCCCAUUGCUGAAACCAUAUACACCAUCUAUGAGAUCAUCCAGGAAUUCCCCGCUUUACAGGAAAGGAAUUACAGUAUAUACGUAAACCACACAUCUUUAUUGAAAGCCAUACUUCUUCACUGUGGCGUGCCAGAGGAUAAACUUAUUCAGGUGUAUAAUAUACUCUACGACGCCAUGAUUGAGAAGUUGACAAAAAGAGAAGUUGAAGCCAAAUUUUGCAAUCUCUCUCUUUCCGAGAACAACUUUCAGCUGCAUCGUCUUUACAAGUUCAUCGAACAGAAAGGAGAGCUUCAGGACUUGGAGCCAGCAAUGUCCACCCUGACGAAACAGAAAUCGGGAGUUGGCAUGUUGGCCAAACAAGGCUUAAAAGACCUGGAAGAAGUUAUCGGCUUGGUGAAGAGGCUUGGGAUAAAGCUGCAGGUGGUUGUGAACUUUGGGCUUGUGUAUAAGAUGCAGCAGCACAGCGGGAUCGUGUUUCAGUUCGUAGCGUACAUUAAGCGCCGGCAGAGGAUCGUCCCGGAGAUUCUUGCAGCUGGUGGCAGAUACGACCAUCUGAUUUCACAGUUUAGAGGACCUCAGUCUGGAUCCAUCGCUCUUCCCUACGCUGUGGGUGUCAGCAUAGCCAUAGACAAAAUAUCUGCAGCGCUUUCCGGCGCGGAAGAAAACGUAAGCAGCUGUGACGUGCUAGUGGUAAGCGCUGGGCAGAUGUCUGUGAACAGAGCUCUUACCAUAAUCCAGAAGUUGUGGACAGCAGGGAUCACCGCUGAGAUCAUGUACGACUGGUCGGAGUCACAGGAUGAAUUACAGGAAUAUUGCAGACUGUACGGAAUCACAUGCGCCGCUAUUAUCUCAGACAAAGAAGGAAGCCAUGUCAAGCUGAAAACCUUUGAGAAGGAACGGCAGAGCGAGAAGAGAAUCCUAGAGUCGGAGCUCAUAGAUCACCUCGUGCAGAAACUUCGGCUCAGGGGCUUUGAAGAAAGAAGUAGCAGAGAAGUAUCGGAGAGUCUGUCGGCACAAAACGUGAAAGGAUCCUUUUCCAUCUCCCAGAGCCAGUUUGAGCAGCACAGCGCGACCAUAAUCCCCAACGUCAGCGUCAUUUCACCGGAAAGGCUGUCUUCGAGCGCGAGACGCCGCUUUGAAACUCAGGUACUUUCCAAACUCCAAGCCUUUAUCGCGCACUUCCAGCAGCGAAACACUGAAAUUGAAAUCCUGGCGGUGGAUCUGUCAAGAGAAACCAUCCAGAAUUUGUUAGCGCUGGAGUUCGGAGAUGAACAAACUUUCAACGCUUCAGUAAAGCAACUCAUGUCCCGGCUGCCAAAACAAAGAUACCUAAAACUGGUCUUCGAUGAAAUUUAUACCAUCAAAAUAGAAAAGAGAGUGCCCGUGCUGGUGUUAUACAGCUACAGAGACGAUUACUACAAGAUUCUGGUGUAGUUGGGAUCUCCCGGAGGAAGGCGCGUCGGGGACACGCUACCGCUGAACUACGGACACGGACGAUCUCGGUGGGAGACAUUUUUGUUUUUAUUUGUCGUUACUGAAGUGCAGCACUAGGCUCUGCGGCUUUCUGUAACCAUCGGAUCAGCGAUACAAUCAAAUAUAAUUUCUGUAUACAUUCCUACACGGGAUAAAGGAAAGAGCCGACGCGGGCAACCUCCGCACACACCGCUGCCUGAGUGUUAAACCGUCACUAGCCGCCCGUGCAAACUCCCGCAGCUUCAGGGGUAUCUUAAAUCUAUUUGUCAUGAUUUACAAAUAAGUGAGACUUUUGUCCCGAUCGUUCAUUUUUUCUUAAGCCGCACGGCUUCCUAUAGAGGGAAGAAGAGAAUCAUGUGGAAAGUAUUUGCGAUGGCUGCUGGCAUCCAUGCACAGAUAAGGCGGAUUGUGAUUCCUUUUUGCUGCGUAUAAAAUAUAAUUAACCUUAAAGCGGAGUUUUUGUGAGGUUGGUGGCUCCACUUUAAUUGUCCGUGUGGAUUCUGAUGAAAUAUGUCUGUUUUAGGAUAUAUGGUAAAUAAAGGCUUUUUUUUUUUGGACAA